GUAUUCAUUCUUAUGUAAACAAAUAACUUCAGCGUGUAGUUUUAGCAGAGCAAUAGACUACCGGAACGUUUUUAAUUGGCAUCAUGACCACAAUAAGGCCCUUUACAUGCGAAGAUAUGUUUAGAUUUAAUAACGUAAAUUUGGAUCCAUUGACUGAGACUUAUGGUCUUUCAUUUUAUCUCCAAUACCUAGCACACUGGCCAGAAUAUUUUCAAGUUGCCGAAGCUCCAAAUGGUGAUAUUAUGGGUUACAUUAUGGGUAAAGCUGAAGGACAUGGAGAAAACUGGCAUGGUCACGUAACCGCAUUAACUGUUGCUCCUGAGUACAGGCGACUUGGUUUAGCAGCUACACUUAUGGCUGGACUUGAAGAUAUAUCAGAAAAGAAAAGAGCAUACUUUGUUGAUCUGUUUGUACGAGUUUCAAAUAAAGUUGCAGUGGAUAUGUACAAACAACUUGGGUAUAGUGUAUAUAGGCGUGUUCUUGAGUAUUAUUCUGGAGAUCCUGAUGAAGAUGCAUUCGAUAUGCGGAAGGCAUUAUCCAGAGAUGUAAGCAAGAAAUCUGUUAUCCCUUUGACUCAUCCUGUACGUCCGGAAGAUAUAGAAUAGCAUUAUAACUGUCACCAAAAGAAUUACUGCUGUGAAGAGAAUCUCACUGUCAUAUGUAGCAGAACAAUAGUUUUGGGAACAUUUCAGCAUGGGGAAGAAAAAAAAAAAAAAAAAAAAAGACUGCUUGAGAAUUAAACAUUUAUAUUCAACUUUUUCAUAUUCAAAUACUAUUAAACUUGUUCAUACUCAAAUACAUGAUGUUGUUCCUUCUGCCACUGAAAAGAAUGUGCUUGAUGCACUGAAAAGUUUUUCAGUACAGGUUAUCAUACUUAUGAAAUCUUGAAGUAUUUUCAUAAUCUUCAAAGACUAUAUCUGAAUUUCUCUUCUUAGUAUGCUUAAAUCAUCUAUUCCACAUUUAGCAUUUAUAUUUACACAACUAAACUAAUGUUGUGUACUGAAAACAAUAACCAUCAACUUUUAAGAACCUUCAGUUGAACACAUAUUUUAGGUUUAUUAAAAAUUGCUCAUUGAUUAGAAUAAAAAAUUAUUUAACCCUCUAAGUAGCACGACCACUUUUUUUUUUUUUUUUUUUUGGUCAUUUGGUCAUCAAUUUAUAAACAACAGUAUUUUACUUUUAACUUAUAAACAGCAGUAUUUUGCUUUUAACUUAUAAACAGCAGUAUUUUGCUUUUUACUUUAAUUAAUGAUGUAAGAAUGGAAGUUUAUGAAAACAGAAAUUAAAACAUGUAAUUAUACAAAUUUAGCGAAUAGAUGGCAUUUCAAUACAAGUCUUCAUGAGUAAAUUCAAAAAGUUGUGCCACUCAGAGGAUUAAAUUUACUUACCACAUUGAUUAUUUAUUAACAUAAAGGUGCUGAGUAUUUUAUGUCUACAUUAUGAUUGCAGGUAUACCUCAAUAAGAUGCGAGUUUUGUCUAUUCAGCAUAAAGAUUGCUUCAGCUAUUCAUUAUGUUUUUUAGUUAUUUAAAAAAAUAAAUACAUGUUUUACUUCCUUUUUUUUAUUUAUAAUUUAAAGGUUUACUUUGUUUUAGCUGUAACUGAAAUAAAAGCUGAUUGCACAUGUCUACAAUAGUUUACUAAUGGAAACUAAUGUUUUAAUGACAGAUGAUAUUCAUGGAUGAAUUUUAGCUUAAAACAGUUGCAUUUUAUUUUUUUUCCCAUUUAUUUGUAAUUAUUACUUAACCAGAAGAUUAAAUUUUAUGUAAUGUUCUAAAUGUAAUUAUUGAAAUUAUUUUAAUAACUGAUCAAAUUUGCUAUUAAACUAUUAAAAUAGUAAAUGCAAUGACAAUGUAUAAAAAAUUAAAUGAGCGAUAUGUAUAAUAUGAGUAUUCUAUGCAAAAAUGACAUAAUUUAUAUAUAUUUAUAAUAUCCUGCUCAUUGUUGUGCAUAGCUUCUUUUUUAUUCAUCCACAAAUUUGUAUAUUUUUAGAAAUAAAGAAUAUCUCUUGUUAAAAAGUAAAAUUUAUGGAUGUUGCUUCACCUCAUCUAUAAAAAUGUUUGCAAAUUUUUGAAUCUGGAAUCUUGUUUGGGUAUUCUUCUGUUAUUGGAACCAGAUUCAGAAAUGCAUGUAUGUAUGCAUGGAUUUAUGUAUUCAUGUACAUGCAUAUAUGCACAUACAUACAUUUCUGAAUCUGGUCCCAGUACCCUUGUUUGCAUGGUAGUUUGAUUUAAUGAUAAUGUGGUUUAUUACAUGAGAAAUCCAUCAUAUAUUAUAAAUACAAGUAAGUUUUUUCAGCAAGUUUUAUACGAAAGUACUCGUGUGUAUUGGUUUAACAAAUUGGCGCAUAAAGCCACAACUGUUAUGUCGCGAAUUUUAAUUAUGUUAAUAUGUGUUUUAAGUUAUCAUUGUAACAAAGACAGGAAAUGGUUGCAAGAGCCGCCUGGUUUAUUGGUUUAUGGCCUUUUUUACUAUCAGUGAGAGCAGUUUUUUGUCAUUUGCUUUGCUGGUGGCCAUUUUACUAAUGGCGUCAUAACGAAAAUCAUCUUCCUUUCGCUUUGUUGUAUUUGCAAUGUUUCUUUCAGUGAGCUUAGGUAAUUAGACUUUCUUAUCGCUAGUUUACGCUUGCUAGUUGGGGGUUUAGUACCCACAUUUUUUCCAAGUACAGUUGUUAGCUUCAUUGUCAGAUUUUCUUGUUUUUGAUUCGUCGUGGGGGUGGAAUUCCUCAGUUAAAGAUAAACUAAAAUUCUGGGAUUGGUAAUAUUUAAUUUUAUGAUUUUUUGUAGGCCUAUGAACUUACAGAGGCAGAGAAACCGAGAUUUCUUGGGAGGCUUGCACCUGGUUAGAUUCUUUCGGACUCUGAUUUUUUGAGCUAAAAGGAGAAAAAGAGUGUGGGGGCUUGACCCCUUGCUCUCGCAAGCUCUGACUGUUAAUUCAGAUUUCGGAGCGGAGUCCCAUAUGGAAUGAUCUGAGUUGUAACAUUUUUAAGUCUCGUAAGAGUGCACGAGGACUUUUCGCCCUGCGGCUGUCUUCAGCCCAAAAUGUGUCGGGAUUGUAUUAACUAAGCUACUAUAAGAGCAUUUUCUUCUAGAAAGAUUUAAAAUAACAUGCUGAUUUCCAAGAGUACUUUACCAACAACUUUUAGCACUGGAUACUUCUGGCAUCUUCUUCUUUAUUCUUUGAGAACUCUCUGCUGUUAUGAAUGCAACGUUGGAGGCGAAUUAUAAAAUCUGUGAGGAGUAUCCGGCGUGGUGCGGGUUUCAACAACGGUUCUUCGGAGGUCAUUGACUACCUUCCGCAAAGAGAUGAAUCCAUGAAAAAGGAAAGAGACUUUUGUCUGUGAGUAGGAGGAUUGUAAUGUUCUUAACAAUCAAAGAGAUGAAUUCGCAAAAAGGAAAGAGACUUUUUUCUGUGAAUAGAAGGAUUGAAAUGUUUCUAAGAAAUCUUAAGAGAUGAAUCCAUGAAAAGAAAAGAGACUUUUACCUGUGAGUAGAAGGAUUGUAUGGUGCGAAAGAAUCAGUGAGUGAUGAUUUUGUAUUUUUUUUUAUUUUGAAUUACCUUAAUGAUUAUUCUCAACAGGCUGGAGUUGUCAGUUUAAUGUUUGCUGAAAUUAGAAUAUGAUAUGGUAGGGUUAAAUUUGCUUAAAAAAUUAAUUAAUCGUUACACUGCAAAUUUCUUUAUUCUUAUAGGAAAUUACCAUGGUUAAGACUAUGUUAAAAAUGAAAUGAGUAAAAUAUUAGUGUUACAAUUGUGAUACUGUAGAAUUUGAGAAUGUUAACUUAAGUAAUGUGUAAGCUGUAUUUGGGUCUGAUAUUCAGUGUUAUUUUGCAUAAUAUUAUUAUGGUAGGGAACUGAUCAGUUUACCUAGUUAUCUUAUGUUUGAAUAUUUUAGAAGUUAAUAAAAGAGUUUAAUAUAUA